CCUGACUCGAUGACGCUCUCGGGCGACCACUUCCUGUUUCCUGUGUGAUCCUCGGCAGAGAGCGCGACGGUGCCGGUGGGGAGGAGAAGGUGAGGGGCAGGCGGAGGUUUGGUCGCAGUAACGGGCAGCCUGUAUCCCGGGCACAGCAAGUAGAGCGCGGGGGGGUCUCUAUUUACUAAAGGGCGAUCUCUGUGCGGUGCCCCAUUAUCUCUGGGCUAUAUAGUGCCAUAUAGUGCUCUAUCUGUGUGUUAUUCACCCUGUGCCUCUCCCCCUACACCCAGCAUGGGGGAAUAGCAGUGCACCAGCCCUCUAAGUAAUAACUCACAGAGAAUAUACCCCACCACGAGCAGCUAUUGCACCCACACAGGGCUGUAUAUACACUGAGGGAUGUGGCCAGCAUGGCUAGCAGCUCUGCAUUAUUACAGAUUAUUAUACAUGGCACUGCUACAGGCUAAUGGCCAGCAUGGCUACCAGCUCUACAUUAUUAUACGUGGCACUGCUGCAGGCUAAUGGCUAGCAGCUCUCCAUUAUUACAGAUUAUUAUACAUGGCACUGCUACAGGCUAAUGGCCAGCAUGGCUGCCAGCUCUACAUUAUUAUACAUGGCACUGCUGCAGGCUAAUGGCUAGCAGCUCUCCAUUAUUAUACGUGGCACUGCUGCAGGCUAAUGGCUACCAGCUCUGCAUUAUUGUACAUGGCACUGCUACAGGCUAAUGGCUAGCAGCUCUCCAUUAUUACAGAUUAUACAUGGCACUGCUGCAGGCUAAUGGCUACCAGCUCUACAUUAUUACAGAUUAUUAUACAUGGCACUGCUGCAGGCUAAUGGCUAGCAGCUCUCCAUUAUUAUACAUGGCACUGCUGCAGGCUAAUGGCUAGCAGCUCUCCAUUAUUAUACAUGGCACUGCUGCAGGCUAAUGGCUAGCAGCUCUCCAUUAUUAUACAUGGCACUGCUGCAGGCUAAUGGCUAGCAGCUCUCCAUUAUUAUACAUGGCACUGCUGCAGGCUAAUGGCUAGCAGCUCUCUAUUAUUAUACAUGGUUCUGCUACAGGCUAAUGGCUAGCAGCUCUCCAUUAUUAUACAUGGCACUGCUGCAGGCUAAUGGCCAGCAUGGCUAGCAGCUCUCCAUUAUUAUACAUGGCACUGCUGCAGGCUAAUGGCUAGCAGCUCUCCAUUAUUACAGAUUAUUAUACAUGGCACUGCUGCAGGCUAAUGGCCAGCAUGGCUACCAGCUCUACAUUAUUACAGAUUAUUAUACAUGGCACUGCUGCAGGCUAAUGGCUAGCAGCUCUUCAUUAUUAUACAUGGCACUGCUGCAGGCUAAUGGCUAGCAGCUCUUCAUUAUUAUACAUGGCACUGCUACAGGCUAAUGGCUAGCAGCUCUCCAUUAUUAUGCAUGGCACUGCUGCAGGCUAAUGGGAAAUGUAGUACCUUUUAUGGAAACAUAUAGAAUUCAUACUAUGCUGCAGGAAGGUGACUUAGUUCAGUGAUAACAGGAUAAAUGCCAAAUGAACUGCUUUGGUGAAUUCAUGGAUUUCUCUGCUGCAGCAUAUGAAUGCUAUAUAUGCUUUUCUCACUUUUCAUGGGUCACUCCAUGUGGAUGAAGGAGUUGGGUUCGUCCAACAAGACUGUGUACACCAAUGAAACUUAGCCCCAAGUAAAAAUGUGCCCUAAUCAGAGUCCCCUGCCUUGGUGAAUUCAUGGGUUUCUCUGCUGCAGCAUAUAAAAGCUAAAUAUGCUUUUCUCACUUUUCAUGGGUCACUCCAUGUGGAUGAAGGAGUAGGGUUAGUCCAAUAAGACAGUGUGGACAAAUGAAACUUAGCCCCAAGUAAAAUGUGUCCUAAGCAGAGUCCCCUGUGUCUGUGCUCUUUUUUUUUUAUAUAGCACUGUCUGUACUUUGGCAGUUUUAUCUGAUAUGCUUAUAUAGCAUUUUGGGGUGUAUCUCCUAUUAGUUACAUCUUGCCAUUGAUCGCAAAUGUAUGCAUGCAGCAUACGUGUAUUUGCCACUAGAUUAGAUAAAUAGUAUAUAUUAUUCACAGAUUUUUUUAGUAUACUAGCAAACCAAACUGUAAAACGUGAAAUGUUGUCCUGCACUGUUUACGAACAGUAAACCGGUUACAUAUGUUUGUUUAAUUGAUUUAAAACUAUCCUGGUCUACUCUUAUAACUGUUGUAUUUGUGGUGGAUAAAUCUAAAAUCAAGAUUGCUACAAUUGAUAUAUAUAUAUACACACACACACACACCCAAAACUGGUGUGAUCAUUCAUUAUGUUGAUGUGGUUAAAGUGCAGUAGAUUAAUGUGUAAAAAUAUCUAGUUUUAUUUAUAUAUAUAUAUAUAUAUAUAUAUAUAUAUAUAUAUAGCGAGAGCGAUUCCAUAUUGCAUUGAAUUUUUUUUUUGUUUUUUUGAAGGGAGGAGGUGGGUUUGUUUUAACCCCUUAAGGACCAAACUUCUGGAAUAAAAGGGAAUCAUGACAUGUCACAAAUGUCAUGUGUCCUUAAGGGGUUAAAUAUGCUGUUUACGUUGUACCUGUAUUUUAUUCUCCUAUGCAAAACUGAACACUUACACACUGUACUUGCAGACAGUAUAUAAUAUAUAUUACGUAUGUGAGUGAAUGUUACUUUUCCUUUGCUGUCUAGGCAGACUUUCUCACUCCAUAUAAAUGUUGUAUGAAUAAAAUAUGCAGUAUGUAUGGCCUGUAGCCACAUGGUGCGAUUAUAGUCUAGUUCUCAGAGUGCUGUGUUUCAUAGAGCUUUUCAAGACUCCUUCACUUGUAGUGUUUUGAUGCACUUUAUUCAAUAUCAUACAGUGCUCUCUGCCUUUCUUGACAGAAUUUACAUUGAUAAUGUAAGUGUUCAAGGGUAACCAUCACUUCCCUACAAGUUGCACCAUUGAAUAAUACAUUAUGCCCUGUCUUCUAUAAUUAUAUUAUAGAUUUAGGAAAUUACAUAACCUUCCAAGUUCUUGGCAGGCACAGCUUGGGCACACAGAAUGCAUGUGCAUAAGUUUUUGGAUGAAUGGCAAAAUGAAUUAACACUUUGAUUUCUGUUCAAUCUGUCCUAAAAUGAGUAACAAAUUGCCAUAUAAAAAAAAAAAUAUUUAUAAAGUGCUCACAAAUUCCGCAACACUGUACAAUAGGUGGACUAAAAGACAAGUAUUUACAACAAGACAAAUUGGAACAGAGGUAGUUUAUGGCCCUGCUCAAACGUGCUCACAUUCUAGAGGGAGUGGGUUAAAGUAACACAAGAGGUAGGUUGUUAGAAUAGUUUACAGUCAAGGGUUGUUGUUGUUUUUUUUUUUUUUUUUUUCUUUUUUUUUUGAUGACCCAGUUGCAGGAGAGGAAGCUGGGUGGGUUACCAAGGGGAGAGACGGAAAAAGCUUAAUAUGCUCUUUUAAUGAUCUUUUAUAGGAACAGAGACUAGGUGAGAGUCUAACUGAGCAGGUAAGGGCGCGCCAAAGAAAGGCGCAGCCCUAGAAAAGUCUUAAAGGUGGACGUCAGAGGUGCGAUUACAAACUGGGUAGAUACAGUUCUUCGGCGGUGCAUAGGGGCCUCGAUGGGACAUACUUGUGUAUUAGUGAGGUUAGGCAGUUAGGAGCUGCUUUUUGUAGGGAUUUGUAAGCAAGCAUGAUCAUUUUAAACUGCAGGGACUGACAGAGGGGGGGAGACCUGAGAGGUGGGGUGGGGACAGGAAGGUGAUCAGCUUUGCUGAUGCAUUAAUUAUAGACUCUAAUGGGGUAAGAUGGGAAUGUGUAAGACCUUUGUGAAGUGGAUUGCAGUAGUCAAGGUGAGAGAAUAGAUAGGCAUGGUCAAGCGCAUAAGUCGAAUCCGGUGUUAGAUGUUUUUGAGUUGGAAGCAGCAUGAUUUGGCGAGUGACUGAACAUGAGGGUUGAAGGAGAUGUUAACCCCUUAAGGACACAUGGCAUGUGUGACAUGUCAUGAUUCCCUUUUAUUCCAGAGGUUUGGUCCUUAAGGUGUUAAAGGACCCCUAUAGGCACCCAGACCACUUCAGCUUAAUGAAGUGGUCUGGGUGCAGGUCCAUCUAGUAUUAACCCUGCCUGCUGUAAACAUAGCAGUUUCAGAGAAACUGCUAUGUUUACAUAUGGGUUAAUCCAGCCUCUAGUGGCUGUCUCACAGUGAGAAGACGCCAGCGUCCAUAGGAAAGCAUUGAGAAUGCUUUCCUAUGGACUGGCUGAAUGCACGCGUGGCUCAGCCGAUGACGUCGGAAGGAGGGGGAGAGUCCGGCGCUGGAGAAAGGUAAGAUUUUAACCCCUUUCUCCAACUUCACCCCGGCGGGUGGGGGCACACUCAGGGCACUAUAGUGCCAGGAAAACAAGUUUGUUUUCCUGGCACUAUAAUGGUCCUUUAAGAGUGAAAGAGAACUUCUAAGCAGUGAGCCUGUGAGGUAUUGACUUGGAGUGCGACAGACAUAGGAGUAGCAGCACUUGAGGGAGGAAAGACGAGAAGUUCUGUUUCGGACAGGUUAAAUUUAACGAAUAGAGCAUUAAACAAAUUUUGUUCAGAUCCAUUUGUAUAGUCAUAACGUGUGGGUGACUUUACAUUUUCUUUGCAUUAGAAACAUAUACUUUGCAGUCAAAUUAUUUUGCAGUUUGAGGCAGCAUUUCAUUUAUUUCUUUUUUUUUUUUUUUUUCUUGGGACAUUUGCAGGCAUUUUUAUUGCUGUAAAAUAUAAUCAGUAGCACACCUUAUUCAAUAUUCAAAAGAGUAAUCUUUAAGUGUGUCAAAAGUAAAAACAUAUGCAAUCCAAAAAGGGCACAUUACUCACUAAAACAAUUUAGGAGAGUCCUUAAAUGUUCUCAUAUAGUUUCAGAAACUCAAAUUAAUUGUAUUGUAGACAAAGCAUACAAAAACAAAAUGUACAUCAAAACACAUAGAUACACAGAUACACAGGUAAAUGGUCCAACAAAGUGUUGCCUUUCUAAGUGAGUUUCUAACUAGAGUUCCACCCAAUAUUUCGAUCUGGUUUGGUCUUUCUCAAGACCUUGUCAGGCAAAUAUUUAUACAUCUGAAAAAACAUAAUUGUGUUGGCUCAGAAAUAAGCUUCCAUAGAUCUACUUGUGAGCCCUGAGCAGUGUUCAGAGGUUGGUAUCAAACCUGGAAAGAAACAAACAAAUAGUGCUUACUCUAGACGUUAAUGCUGUGACCAUAGCACUUGGUGCCUUAGCAGUAUUGUCCUAAGCAUCUGAUGCUUUUUUGAACUUAUUGUUUUUCUGUUGUGUAGUAAUUAUUUUUAAUAACUGUAACGUACCUAAAAUAAAAUCGCUCCUAUUUCAAUGCAUUUGACAUAAAAAAUGUUUUUGUCUCAUUUGCAAAUGUUAACUUGUGCUACUCUUGUUAACUCAUUGGUUUCUGCACCAAUUGUAAAAUAAACUAGAACACAUUAAAAACAUAUUCAAAGAUCAUAGCAGCUAAAGAUGCUGGUGAUUCUAUGUGCUAGUCAAGACAGACUGAAAAAUAAGUAAUGAAGUCAACACAAAGCUAUGCGUUUUUAAUUUUUUAUUAUUUAUUCCUCAAGCGGUAUUUUACCAAUCUUUUCAGAUGCCAUAUCUACUGCUAAAAUGUAUUAACAAAAACACUCGAACAUGGUUAGUACACUAUUAUUUCAAAACUUUGCUAUCUUUAUUAAAGCUGCCUUAAAGAGCACUAUAGGGUCAGGAACAUACACUUGUACCCUGACCCUACAGGGUUAAAACCUCCCUAAAUAGAGUAAAAUCUUACUUGUAUUCAGGUCUGGAGCUGCAUGCUUUGUCCCUAUUUCCUUUAGACCUGCCCCACUGCCUGCUGACAUAAUCAGAAGUGGUAGCCUGAUCCAAUCACAACGCUUCCCCACAGGAUUGGCUGAGACUGACAAAGAGGUAGAUUGGGGCAGAGCCAGCACAAUUCAAACACAGCCCUGGCCAAUCAUCAUCUCCUCAUAGAGAUAUAUUGAAUCAAGGAAUCUCUGAGGAAAGUUCAGUGUCUGCAUGCAGAGGGUGGAGAGUCUGAAUGUUUGGAUGCAUUUUAGGCAGCCAUGACCCAGGAAGGAUCUCCAACAGCCAUCUAAGGAGUGGCCAGUGAAGUUAUCACUAGGCUGUAAUGUAAACACUGCAUUUUCUCUGAAAAGACAGUGUUUACAGCAAAAAGCCUGAAGGUAAUGAUUCUACUCACCAGAACAAAUUCAAUAAUCUGUAGUUGUUCUGGUGACUAUAGUGUCCCUUUAAGGUUACAUCCACAGAUGUAUGAGUACAACAACUUUUAUGAUGGUUUGCUAUUGGAAAGGCUGGCAUCAUGGGAGUUCUAUGGCUACUUUACAAUAAGUGCUUUUAUUUUUAGAUUUUGUAUACAGAAAUGCUAUCCUUUUUUUUUUUUUAUUAUUAUUAUACUACCCAUUUCUUAUGAGGGUAUUCUCAUCUUUUGCUGCAAUAUUUUAACACAAACGUAACUAUGGGUUUAACACUUUUAUUCCAUAUAUUUUAGGAUUUUAUUACCAUUGUCAAUUUUUUUUAUAUUUUCUCUCUGUUAUGGAUUCUUAUCUUCAUUCUGUUAACUGUUAUCAUAUGUUUGCAUCCCUCUUUGGUAUAUUAUAGUGGGAAUUUGUUCAUUCAUUAAUUUAUCCACAGGUUGCUGAGGACAGAAGCAUGGAUAAACAUAAAGUGAAAAGGCAACGUUUAGACAGGAUUUGCGAAGGUGAGCUGCAACUUUUUUUUUUUUCUUUUCUAUUUGUGAAUUUUGUGUACUGUUAAAAGGACACUCCAAAACCUUGCUGGAGUGCUGUAUGUGUGUAGUGUCCUCUUUUUUCCAUUUUACAUAAAGUGCAAAUUUCAAUAGAAAUUGGCACUUAUGAAUUGACUGUUACACCCCCUGGCUGUCUAACAGACAACUGGCCCUGUUGCUUCAUGGUUGUUUAGCUAAGUGGAGCUCUAAACUGCAGAGGCAGGCAAUAUCUCAGAGCACAUGCCUUACAAAAAACUUGUAAUUGAGCUGCAUUGGGAAGUCUGUGAUUGGACAUAGACCAUCUGGACUAGGUAAAAAGGGAAGGGUAUGCAGACUUUAGACGAGAUCUGCAGCUUUUGCAAGCUGUCAAGGUAUACUCCCAAUGAAAAAAAAAUGUACAAUUAAGGGGGGCGGAGCCUGCACACUGAACGAAACAGACGCCAUUCUGGCCGGCUCCCAAAAAAAGAUUUGAAAUCCAUUGAAAAUCAAUGUAACAAUCGUCCAUCCAGCCAUCUCAAGGGGACAUCUGGACCGAGCAACAAACCCUGUAUCACCCGAUACCAUCCGAUGCCAUUUUUCUUGGCACCCAACCAGCUCAAACGGAGGCGAAAAAUCGGGACCUACCCCACGCUGACUAUACCAAACCUGGAAGCACUGCUGGCUAGACCCACAGAGAGGGGAACGGGCACGGAACCUGCACCCACGACAUCCCUCCCUCUAACCCACAGGCCAGCUAUGGGACGACGCUCCCAAAAGCCUACCAUGACAGCAGAAACCAGCGACAUUGGAGCCAUGCUGCAAAGGCCUACACAGCCAAAGCCCGCUCCUGCGGAAGACCUGCGAAACGCCCGCAUGCCCACUCGCCCGAACAACACACCUAGAGGAGUCUCCGGUCCUCCUGACAACACCAGCAACAUCCUUGGAUUCCCCCACGGUCUCGACCCCUACCACCAAACACAAUCUAAAGAUCUUACUGGCAGAGAUCCAGAAAACGCUGGCAGUGGAACUUGCUCCCAUCAGAACGGAGGUAACAGCCAUCAAAGACCGGGUGAAAGCCUCAGAAGAGAGCAUAUCUGACCUACAGGGCCAUCUGUCUACCCUACAAGACUCCGUACAUCGGGUCUGGACUCAGUAAAGAACCCUGACAGCCCAGGUUACUGCCAUAGAGGACAGGCAACACCGCACUCACAUCAAGAUAAGGGGAAUACCCACGGCAAUCUCAGGGGAGGAAUUACCCCACUACAUAAGACACUUACUGGCAACCAUACUACCCCACGCUGUGGCCAAAAAGCUGUCCACAGAGUGGGUAUAUCGCCUGCCCAGCAACACCAAACUGCCACCCAACAGUGCUCGAGCCGUUUUUCUCAGAUGCCUAACAUUUCCUGACAAAACCCAAAUCAUGUCGGCCCGCAGGGGGAGAACACCUCUGACCUUUGAGGACGCAUCUCUUACAUUCUUCCAGGACCUAACAAAAGGCACACUCCUAUGGCGAAAAACCUUUGUACGGUUACAAGGCACCUGCAAACAGCAGGAAUGACCUACAGAUGGGGGACAGGAAGAUCCCUGACGGUGCAACACAACGGAGCCACACACACCAUCUCAUCAAUGGAGGAAGCACCCACGUUUCUCCUGGCACUCAGACACCGGCCAUUCCUCAGAGACAUGGGACCCUGAACAUGUAGUACCCUUUGUCCCAAGAGCCCGAAGCUCCCAGGCAGCCACAACAUGACUGUGCAGACGGGGCCAGAGCCUCUCGGGUCGGAUGUACACACUGCCAAAAGGAAGCACACAUCUUGCACAGGCAAUGAGCCUGAAAGUUAUAGAGACGCUACAGUUAUGCUUUGAUACCUCAAGGUUUUCUUUUUGGUUAUUUAUGCACUGCUUUUUUCUUUUUGUUGCCGCUCAUUUCAGGCUAAUCUAUGACGUAAAAUGUUAUAUUAUCACCUGGGAUCACCAAACCCAACCUGUUAUACCGCUCAAGGGCAGUUAGAUUCACAGACCAAGCAGGGCAAGUACCUUUCACACCACAUCCGUUCCCCCCGCCGCCCCCUUGGUUAGGGGUACUCCCCUCAAUGCAUAGCACCGAACUACUAUCUGAUCUCACGACUAUGCACGCACAAUACACGUGCUAAAUCCUGUUGUGGCACAACACACACCUAUAUGCCAGGGCACACUCCACACACCUUGAUUCUACCACUCAGUGCAUAUACGAUAUCUUAAGUACUAAGUAGGUAACAAUUUUGCUUGUAACCAGACACAUAGUAGACCCUGCUGAUACUUAGCCUAGAAUAUACCUGUUAUUUAAAAAAAAAAAAAUGUGCAAUGUUUCUCUCAUGUAACGCAUGUAUACUAAACUUAACUAAAUUGUUAAUGUACAACGUUUGACUUAAGAAAUAAACGGAAAAUAAAGAAUUUAAAAAAAAAUGUACAAUUAAAUGCAUGAAUGUUUUCACUGGGGUAUAUCUACCAAGCAGUUUAUUGAGCUAUUUUAACCCUUUGAGCAGAGAUGUCCAACCUAAGCAGUCCGGCUGUUAAACCUCACUAUUCACUUGAAGCCAAUAUAACUAGCGGGCUAGGCUAUAUGUUAUUUUUUUUUUUGUUGAAAUAUUGUAGAUUAAAAAAAUUAUUUUUUAUUUUUUUUUUUUACAGGAAGAAAUAAAUGGAAGCCCUAGUUUAUAUAUAGCACAUUUUUAUUUAUAAAUAACCCUGUCACAUAUCUGAUUGUUUAUCAAGUAGCAAUUCUGAGCACCGUUUGAUAUACACAACAUUCAUUUGUCACAAUGUAUCCCUUCUAAGUUGAACAUAGUCUAAGUGUCAUAAUGUAGUCUACAGAUUUCAUCAUAUUCGUAUUCAGUCUUUAUAUGUAUGUAUAUGGAUGUACUUUUUCAUUUUUGCUUAUUUUAUUCUUGGUUUCUGUAGGUAUUCGACCACCUAUUUUGAACGGCCCAAUGCCUCUUCGGCCUUUGGUAGCCCUUUUGGAUGGCAGGGAUUGUACAGUUGAGAUGCCUAUAUUAAAAGAUGUUGCAACAGUAGCAUUCUGUGAUGCACAGUCAACACAGGAAAUUCAUGAGAAGGUAAGACUUUUUUUGCUGGCAUUUUUUAUUUGAUAAAAACUUAUAAAGGAACAACCCAAUCACCAUAACCACUAACACCCCUGUACUAUUUAUGGAGCCAGGAAUACCCUGGUGCCAUCCUUAAGUCUACUCGUGGCUGCAGGUCCUGCUUCCAGUAUGCUCCUGUUGGAGAAUCCGCUAAGGUAAUCUGAACUAAACAGGGCCAUGAUUGCUGUGGACACUUGGUUGAGAGUGUCUUAGUGCUCUCAGACAGUGAGUGUGGUCUUGGAUCAGCUGUUUUUAGCGGCAGAGAGGAGUGCACAAGAGUGCAGCCACUUCCAAAGGACAGUGAAAUGUGUAAACCAGAAAGCAAUGCUUUCAAUCUUUGAAAAGAAAGGUUGAAAUGUUGCUCUAUACAUCUGUGCACAUUAAUAAAAUCUCUCUGAUGAAUUAAGGAUGUGCUGGAGUAUUGCAUUCUGCUUAGCUGCAGAAACAUACCUGUUGUCUCCAGUGGGAGAACACUUGAUGCUGCAGACUGUAGUGAUUAUAGUGCUUGGAGUGUUCAUUUUGCAGAGUAAUGAUGGAGUCCCAUGCUUUCUUAAAUUGUAUAAUUGUAUUGACUUCCGUGUCAUGGCCAAUGUUUACUGACCAAAUGUAAUCAGUGAUUCAGUGCUGUGAAACUGAGGUAGUGGAACUGACUUUUUCAGGGAAUUCACUGCUUUGAUUGUCCAAAGCAAUGGAUUACUGACAAAUUAAAAGAAUGUAUGGGUUUUUUGUUUUGUUUUUACCCAUAUAGCAAUAGUGCUUCCUUCCGGGUAUUCACCUUUUACAACUGGACAGGUAAUGGACCAGGGCCUAGAAGUUUAACCCAUAAGGACCAAACCUCUGGAAUAAAAGGGAAUCAUGACAUGUCACACAUGUCAUGUGUUCUUAAAGGGGUUAAACAUUAGUCCAUAUCUGUAAUUACUUCUAAAUGUGAUAUUGUAGUACGCACGUGAUUGUUACUUUCCUUAUAAUACCAGAAAUAAAGUGCAGACCUGAGUGUUGGCCAUAUUAGGGGAGAUUUUUAGCCCAUGCAUGAUCUGGUGGAUUUACACAAUGCUUUUGUGCAUGCACAUAUUUAAAUGAAUGCUAGUUACAAUGAUCACUGGGUGAAAAUGUAUAGUUCAAAAGGUUUGUCACACCUGACUUCCCUCCCACUGAGGCUUUUCAAGAUAGGAAAGCAGAAUUACUUAUCUUUUUAAAGACUCUUUGUGAAAAUUUUACUUUCUAAAUGGUAUUUCUAUCUGUUAUUACAAAUCAAAGCUGUAUCUAAGUCCACGCAUCUGGUAUGCUCAGCAUGCCACACAAACACUUUUAUGUGGCUUGCGGUGAGGUAGCUCAGUUGGUAAAUUCCCUGACUACAAAGCUUGUUCAAAAGCGCAAGGUCACAGGUUCAAAUCCCGGCAGGGUUAUCCUUCCGAGGUUGAUAAAAUCAGUACCAUCAAUUAGGUAAUAAUAUCUAUUACUAUUCAGCUGCCAAUUUGGUUAAUUCAGAGAUCAUGCACUGAAAAAGCGCAUGGGAGAAAGACGCUAUAUAAAUACUAGUUAUUAUGUUUCUAUUACAUGCCACAUUAAAAUAAAUUAUUUUACUUAGAUGUACUAAGAAAGGGGAAAAAAAAGCAUGACAUUUAUUUUUUUAUUCGAGUUUGAAAAUAAACAGGACCUUUCCAUACGCAAAAAACAAUAUAAUCCGCUCCUGUGCUAGAAUUUUCCUUUAACUCUUUUGGAUUUCAAUGCCAUCUCAUUGCUGACAAUACUCAUAUUUAUAACUCCUCCCCAACCUAUAUCCUGCCCUCCCUGUAUGUGUCAUAAACUGCCUCUUUUCCACCUCUAACUGGAUGUUCUAAUUUUCUAAAACUAAAUCCUUUUUUAAAAAACUCAACGCCUCAUCUUUUUUUUUUUUUACCCCUCAUACAGUCCACCUCCAUUAUCUCCCUUCAUCUCCAUUGGACACCUAUUAUCACAAUUCCUAAAGUUUACUACCUUGGAAUUACUUUUUACUCUAGUCUUACCUUUUCUCCUCUCAUCCAGUCUGCCUCCAGAUCCUGUAACCUCCACCUUGAGAAAUAUUUUUGCCCUUUUCUAAGGCACUUGUUCGUGAACUUAUCAUUUCCUGACUUCAUUAUUUCAACUCCGUUCUCAUCAGCCUUCCAAAUACCUGCGUUGCCCCCACUUCAGUUUGUAAUGAAUACUGCUGCCAGGCUCAUCUUCCUGACUGUCAGCUACUUAUACCUCACCCUGUUGCAAUCAUUACAUUGGAUUGUUGUAACCAUCAUGAUCCAAUUCAGGCUGCUAACAUUAACCUAUAAAGCCCUAAAUGAUUCCACUUCUCACUACUAUUCUUCUUUACUCAACAAAUACACCCGUUAUCUUUCCCUUCACUCUGCCAGCAGCCUGUCAUUUGCUCAUUCCUGCUCUAACUUUUAACAAGAUUUUUCAAGCAAUGCCCUAUUUCUAUGAUAUAUCCCUUCCAUGUACUAUCAGACUCUCCCCUAGCCUCCAGUACUUUUAAGAAGUCAUUGAAAAUACACCCCUUUAGGCAGGCUUACCUUGAAACAGGCAUCUUAUCCAUCAAUCUAUCCUCUCCUCUUCUUUACCUCUUCCUCGUAGAUUGUAAGUUUGUUUGAGCAGGGCCAUUUAAUAUUUUCUAUGUCGAUUACUUUUUGUCAAAUAUCCACAUUCUAUAAUUGUAAAGUACUGUGAAUGUGAUGGCGCUAUAUAAAUGCUAAAAUGAUGAUGUUUGACACAACAUACACUUCCCAGAACUUGCAUACACAGGGCAAUAUCAUUGAGUGUGUUCUGGAGAGUAAUGCCUGCUAGGACAUUCCUUCCGUAGUGCCUUAUGCGGGUUCAAUUACUUUAUAUGGUAUGUUCAGACAUAUCUACAAUGUAAAUGUAAACCUAACAGUUCCGAAUUCUAUGUAUUUUUUUUUUUUUUGUCUUGCUCUAGGUGUUAAGUGAGGCUGUUGGAGCCCUUAUGUAUCACACAAUCUCACUAUCCCGUGAAGACCUGGAAAAAUUCAAGGCACUUCGUAUUAUCAUAAGGAUUGGCAGUGGAUAUGAUAACAUUGACAUAAAAUCAGCAGCUGAAAUGGGUAAGUGAUUUGAUAUGUGUCUACGUAGAGCUGACAAAAAAUGGCUCAAGCUCAGGAGUUACAAAAAUUGCUAUAUUUAUAUUAAAGGCACAUCCACACAUGUUCAGCUCAUUGGAGUGAUGUGUAAGAGUGUUUUGGUGCUAACCCUCUGACUAUCACCAGCUGCCUGCAAACCUUCCCUGAGGAAGCCAAGAGGGAGGAAGUGAGAAGGCAGCUGUGUCUCAUGCCAGGGAACCAUCCUCAGUGUUACACUGUUGCAAAACAGUUUUGCAUGCCUGUUUGUCUCUUUUAAAAACAUUUUUUUUCUUAUUACUAUAUAUUAUAAAAACAUGGGCCAUUGCUGUAAUAUGGAACACUAUGGGGGACUGACCAGAUAUCUCUGUGUUCAGCCUCACCAUUGUGCUCUAGGCUUCCUAUAACAUCCUAUACAAAAUUUGCAUCAUUACAGUUCAGCUUUAAAUGCAGAAAAUUAACAUUGCGUAUAUGUCAACCGCUAAUUUCCCUAAAAGAUUUCAAAUAUUUACACAUAUAAGUAUAAUAAAUAUUGGACUGACAAUACCUUUUAAGACAUUGUAGAUGUAUCUAUAAAUUGUGCUUACAGAAGCUUCAUCCCAAGAAAUAUAUUUCUAUCCAAAAAUUCUGCUCUGCUUUACUGCCAUUAUAUAUGUAUAAUGAUGUCUCUAAGUGUUAGACAUUGAGCAUUGUCAAUUUGACAAGAAACUUUCUUCUGGCUCUCUUUUAUUUAUGUUUAUCUGCAUUUUAAUUGUCUACACCUGUAUCUGUGAAAUAGCACAAAUGAUCAGCUUUUUAUGUGACUUUUUUUUGGUAUAGUGAAUACUUAAAAUAAAUACUUCCUCACUAGGGAUUGCAGUGUGUAAUGUUCCCUCAUCAUCGGUGGAGGAAACUGCUGAUUCUACACUUUGCCACAUCUUAAACCUGUAUCGACGUGUCACAUGGUUACAUCAAGCCAUGAGAGAGGGUAACAGAGCAUCGAGUGUGGAACAGAUACGAGAGAUUGCUGGAGGGGCUGCAAGAAUCAGAGGAGAGACUUUGGGCAUCAUUGGACUUGGUAAAAACUACUCUAAAGACACCAUCUCUGCAGUGAUGCAUUCUUGAUAACACCCAGAGUAUGACCUUUCAUGUGGUGUAUCUCGUUUUCAGGUCGAGUAGGUCAAGCUGUAGCGCUCCGCGCAAAAUCAUUUGGGUUCACAGUGAUCUUUUAUGACCCUUACUUAGCGGAUGGAGUGGAGCGCUCUCUAGGUUUGCAGAGAAUGGCAACUCUUCAGGAGCUUCUAAUGCACAGUGAUUGCAUUACUCUGCACUGCAGUCUUAAUGAGCACAAUCAUCAUCUCAUCAAUGACUUUACUAUAAAACAGGUUAGUGCUAAAAUUCCAUUAAGUGCAGUUUUCUACACACAGGCACAGCUAUAAACUAUUACAAGUUUAGCUUAUAGUCCUCGAUUUGUUGAACCUUACUGAAAGGGACACUAUAGUCACCUGAACAACUUUAGCUUAAUGAAGCAGUUUUGGUGUAUAGAACAUGCCUCUGCAGCCUCACUGCUCAAUCCUCUGCCAUUUAGGAGUUAAAUCCCUUUGUUUAUGAACCCUAGUCACACCUCCCUGCAUGUGACUUGCACAGCCUUCCAUAAACACUUCCUGUAAAGAGAGCCCUAUUUAGGCUUUCUUUAUUGCAAGUUCUGUUUAAUUAAGAUUCUCUUAUCCCCUGCUAUGUUAAUAGCUUGUUAGACCCUGCAAGAGCCUCCUGUAUAUGAUUAAAGUUCAAUUCAGAGAUUCAGAUACAAUUAUUUAAGGUAAAUUACAUCUGUUUGAAAGUGAAACCAGUUUUUUUUUCAUGCAGGCUCUGUCAAUCAUAGCCAGGGGAGGUGUGGCUAGGGCGGCAUAAACAGAAACAAAGUGAUUUAACUCGUAAAUGACAGUGAAUUGAGCAGUGACAUUGCAGGGGAAGCACUAAAACUGCUUUAUUUAGCUAAAGUAAUUUAGGUGACUAUAGUGUUCCUUGAAGGAAGCAUGAGCCUGUCAAUUGUCAAUUUACAGAUCAAUCAUGGGUACACGGUUUACGAACAGCUUGUCGUAGAAUUUAGCCAUUAUCCAACAGUGCCUUGUAAUGAAGUGGUUAAGACGACUAGUUAUUCAUCAUAAACUCAUUGAGCUUCAAGAGGUAGCAUGGGGCAAAUAAUCCAUACCCGCUAGGCUUUAAUUUAUGCAUUUGGUUUUAUUCCAGAUGCGCCAGGGUUGCUUCCUGGUGAACACUGCUCGUGGAGGUCUUGUUGAUGAAAAAGCUCUGGCUCAGGCUUUAAAAGAUGGCCGUAUCCGCGGAGCUGCUUUAGACGUGCACGAAUCUGAACCUUUUAGGUAUACUCAUUUACACAACUUGCCAAGCAAAUCACCAGUGCAUUGGUGCUUGUAAAAACACUUGCUAUUCCUCGGUUUGCUAAUUUAUAUUCUUCUCUCCACCUCCCUUUGUAUUAUGACAGUUUUUCUCAGGGACCCUUGAAAGAUGUUCCCAAUUUGCUCUGCACUCCUCACACUGCAUGGUACAGUGAACAUGCCUCAAUUGAGGCAAGAGAAGAAGCAGCUAAAGAAAUCCGUAGAGCAAUUACAGGUAGAUACUAAAUAAUUAAGGUGCUGUCCUGUAAUUUUCAUUAUUUAAAAAACAAGAAGCUUUAUUCAAUUGACCAUAUUUGUAAACUCUGCAAAAAAAUUCCAUCUGACACUUAGAAAUGUGAUUGAUAUCCCCCUCAAUAAAAACAGAAAAACAAAACCUACCUGUAGAGUAAUGGUUACAGACUUAGGACUCCAGUUGUUGUGGAAUUACAUUAAACAAAUGAUUUUUGGCUAGCUGCAGACACACCUUUUCUUAUAGCAGUGAUUGCUGAGCAUUCUUAGAAUUUGUCAUUCUAUCACAGUUGGAGAGUUACCUUCUGAUUCCCCUAGAUAUUCAGGGAAUUCAAUUAAUGCAAAACUUUCUGGCCUACUUACAACCAGUGUAUUAUGUGUGUUCACAGGCCCUAUUCCUGAUGCUUUACGAAACUGCGUAAAUAAGGAGUUAUUGUUAGCGGCUGCACAGUGGACCGGAAUGGAGCCAGCUACGGUCCAUCCAGAACUGAAUGGGGCACCGGGAUAUAGGUAAGAACGAUCAUGAAAACGCUUUUCUAGUGUUUAAUUAUUCACGUUUUUAAAUCUAUUUUCUUUAGAUUACGUUACAAAUAUUUAGUAAAAACAAAGAGAACGUUACCUGCGCUCUGGCCUAAAUCCCCAUGUACAUUUAAACAAAGGUUAUUGUAUGUGUAGAAGCCCUAUGAAGGGUUAAAUGUGAAAGGGUUUAUAAAAUACCCCUUCCUGUCUUACUGGAGAUUCUUGGUGGAUAUCAGCAUAUCUAAUGGCUAGUAUAGGAACUCGCCUAUUGAGGCUUGCCUUGACGUGGCAGGUGAGCUUAUAUAUUCACAUGGCCAUUGGAAUAAAACUAAAGAGCCUCCAUUUUGUUUAAAUGUACAUGGGGAUUUAGGCCAGAGCGCAGGUAACGUUCUUUGUUUUUACUAUGUAUUUUAAGCUGUUGGAUACUAAGCUACUGCUGCUGUAAGCGCGGUGCUUUAUCUUUGUGUACGUUACAAAUAUUGACACCUGCAAAUACAAGUCUGAUUACAAGGUGGCACCCACAUAGAAAGGUGGGAAAGUCCCUUAUCAUUAAACUCCUUAAUAUGGCAAACCAAGUAGUUCCCCUAUAUUGGAAAAUAAUACACCCCUCACCCACUGAUGAGAGAAAAUGGAGCAACUAAGACCACAAGAAUAAGACACUCUUAGCUCAGGGUUGAACUCAAAAAUAUGUAGACACGUGAAUGCAUUGGUUGACAGUGGCCUCUAAGGAAGACUUUCAAGGACUUCUGUUAUGGACACCCAACUUGAGCUUCAGUGGGGGACAUGUAGAGGGUCGCGUUGUCUUCGGAAGGGGUCACUGGUAGAACAAACAUUAUUUUAGAAAGUUUUGAGGACUUCCCAUCUCAUAUUAUUGUGUAGCACCAAGGAACCCGCUGUUUAUCAAUCUCCUAUGAUAUAAACCUUUGAUUUAGCCCAUUAUAGAGAAAGGGAGUUGGGCCACUCUCUUUCACAUAUUGUGAAAGAGAGAUUAGUAGGAAACUAAAAGAGGUUGUACAUGACAUUGCUUAAUGACCCUAGUACUGGAGACUGAACUUAAAGGGAUACUGUAAUGCCAGGAAUACAAAGCUCUAUUCCAAGCACUAUUGCUCCCUCUUCCUACCACCGCCUGCGUAAAUAAAGGGUUAAAAUCCCUUUAUUUACUUACUUUAUCCCAGUACCAUCUGGUUUGAGGUCUUGGAGGGAGGGGGAGCCACUUCUCUUAGAUCAGGGGGGGCUAACGGAAGUAAAAAGGAAUCAUUAGCCAAGGGGGUGUUUCUUAGUUAAUUUAUAAAAGUGCUGAUUUCUCUGAGAAAUCAGCACUUUUAUAAACUGGGGUUAAACUAUGAUACUCCCCACCCAUAAAGCACUUCAGCAAGCUUCAUAACAAGUGGGAUGUAGUUGCCCAUUUCUCACAGGACAGGUAGCAUUGAAAAUGGUUAAAAAACAAAAUGCACCUAUCUCUUACUUAUCUCUCACCUCAGUUCUCUUACAACAUAGCCCAACCCGAGGUCACUAACGGACGCACAUCUACAGACCUGACCAGGGACAAACACCCUAAGCAGGACACUAUGAAACACAAACAAGGUAUACACAGUAGCAGACAACGGAAUCCAACUGAGACCCAAUAACCCCCAAAUGUCACACAGAGGACACGACCCACUGGCACAAAGGGAUACCACAAAUGGAAACACAAUAGGCACAGCUAAGGUUCCUACUCACCUAGAUGGUGACACGGGGACACACAUCCCCAAGACAUAAGGCGAUACCCUCAUGACAAACGGAUCCCAACCACGGAAUGUCCCAAAAGGACUUUAAAAAUGCACAUUACCCAAUAAGACAGGGUGGAGAUACUCUCAGAAAACGUUGACCGUCACAAUAGGCACAUACUACCAACAAGGCCACACAUACUUAAUAGCACAGUAACCCAUAACUUCAUGAGACCUGCGCGUCUCAUAUGAUGCGAUACCAGAUACCUAAAAAAAAAAAAAGUCAUGGUGAGCACUUCAUAUGUGUCAAAAUCGGCACACUGCCUACUGUCUAACAACCUAUAAGUACUAACCUUGACAUCUAACGUAAGAAGUCAAUCAGAAGACUUAAUUAAUUUUGUUUAAUGUUAACAAGUAAGCUAGAUAAUUGUAUAACUGCCUAAUAAUGCUCACACUGUUAACUAUGUCAAUGAUAUUAGGACCUGCGUGUCUGACUUAUUGUGUUUAAAUUUUGCACUCAAUAAACAGCUUUGAGAACUUAAAAAAUAACUAAAUGCAGUCCCCACCCCCAGUCUCCUCCCCUCUUAGCCUUAUAAAGGGCAACUCCACUCUGAGCUUCCCAGUAUAUAACAAGCUAAUAGAAGGAUAUAGGUUUACAUUUUAUGAUCUGUAGCAUAAAGGGAGGGAAAUCAUGACUGCCGCUUGGACUAUGGAAAAAGAAAUUUAUGGUAAGUAAAAUUUAGAUUUCUCCAAACGUCCAAGCGGGAUGAUAUAGCAAGAUAAAAACACAGGGCGGGAACAAUUUCACAUAGAGAACCCAGCAUACAGGAGCCUGUGGAUUAUGGCUCCUGAAUCACAAAAUACCAUCCCCAGCUGAUGGGACUGCCUAUUAGACUAAUUCUGGAACACCACCAGUAUUAAACUGUAAGUUAGAACCUUAUUCGUAUCUGUGGGGUAAGAGCUCAAAUCCAAAUGUGACCUACAACACUUUUAUUUGAAUAUGCAUAUAAAUGGAAAUAAACACUUAUACAGACAUAACCCAAGAUUUGGAGGUAUCUUAUUCUCUUGCCAGUUUUCAGAAUGGAGAAGGGCAAUUGCUUGUUGUUCAUAUUUUCACUGGUGGCUUUAAGGUGUUUGGUUUAGUGUAUUUUGGCACUUAUACAGACAAACAUAUACCUAUAUAUGAAAAUAUAUAUUUGCCAUAGGGUGAUUAAUAUAGCCAAAUACAUACCAAAACCAAACAUAAAAUAGGAAAGAAAAUUAUAUAAAUCCCUAUCUGUGAUUAACAUGCAGGCUAAUAAGACAAAUAAUUAACCACUUAUUAAACCAUUAGCGUGGCUAGCCUCACAACUAGCCAUUGUAGAUAUACUUUCAACAUAAUGGAGAAAACGCCAUGAAUAAAUGUAGGAAAAUAAAAAUUAAACCUACAAAGGGGCCCCCUAAUGUCAAUGGUAAAAACACAGAUAUAGGGAAAGAUUAGACCUAGAAGUGGAUUGUGAGUUUGUGGUUUCAAAAUAGGAUGAGGGGGAAUAAACACAUUUGGAGGCGUGUGGAAGAAUUGUGCAGAUCCCAAUUUUAGAGUUAAGUGUUAUAAAAACGUAACGUAGCAAGCUUAUUACAGUCCUGAUAUCAAAAUGGUCGCAGUACACCGAAAACCGUACACCAUGCCUUAAUCUUUGGAAAUUGCUUUUGAAAAAGAUGAAAGGCAAGCUGCAAGAUAUAUCUGCGCAUGGGUAAUGUGAUAGAACCAGAAACAAAAAGGGUUCCACAAAGCUAAAAAUAUACAUAUAGAUGCAUUCAUAAUAGUACAUACAUUUCAUAAGCUAAAAAAAUGCAUAUUUCCAAAACUCUCCACCUCUGGACAGGAAGUACGUUGGACUGCAGUGUGAUAUUUUGGGCUGCAAAGGCCUAGAGCCUAAUAAGAGAAGCUAGUGGAAAACUGAUGAUGAUAAAGUCAGUUUCAUCUGAUUGGAGCAUCAUUUUAGUGAGUGCAGCUCAUUUUAGAAUGGAAACAAAGAAAUCCUAAAUAAAACUGUCCACAUAUAUGGUAGCCAUUUGAGCUAAUUUUAAAGCCUAGGCUUGGACUAGCUACUCCAGUGACACCUAUAAUAAUUUUGCCCUAAGACUGGGUAUUUUAAUAAACUGGUGAGGUACAAAUCAAACCAUGAAAAUACUGAAACCUGGUUUGAUAAAAUACCAAUUAACCACUUAAAGGAGUACAAACUGGAAGUUAAUUUUCUAGUUUUAGCCCAACUCACAGAAGUUGGCAGACACUUCCCAAUUCGAUUACCAAUCUAAGAAACAUGGCCAUGCUGGAAGAUAAUGAUAUAAAUUUGAUGUGACCCAGGGAGAGUGAGUGGAGGUUAUUAAAAUAAACUAGGAAAACUAAAUGCUCCCUGGACAUAAAGUAAAAAAAAAAGCUUUGCAUUUCUAAUACCAACAAGUCUGGGUUUCAUACUAGACAGGGAAUCACAUCCUAAAACUGUUAUAUGUAUAGUCCUAAAAUAUAAACCUAGGUAUGAGAAACAAAAAGAAACAUUUAAUUGCUUCAUGCAACACCUAUUAUCCAAAGCACAGCUAAGAUGGAACUUACAAUUCCACAGAAGGGCUCACAAGCUGCUGCUUGCAUGCUCAGAGGCUCACUUGGUAAAAGUCACUAUAAAUAAGAGUCUCUGACAGCCUAGUGCCCACGUACCAGAACACUUUCUUUUCACCUGACCUGAAUCUGACAUAUCAGAAAUGUGAACUAGGGAUUCCAUUAAAUGUAGAUGUAACUCAAUUGUAUUAGUAGAUGACAAUUUAACCCUUAUAAAACCAGGCCAGCAUAGAAAAAACAGUUCAUCCAUAAAAACCCUGGAAUUCGAUUAGAGAUGUGCCUUCCAUAAGUAGAAUAAAACUAGAUCCAAAAUUUAGAUGAUUUACAGGAAGGUAAGCUCUCAGUCUAACAACUCUUGUCUUGAUGCUGCAUCUCCUAUGUUAUAGGCGUUAUAAUCUCAAGGCACAGAUGGCAGGGGAUUUGAUACGAAUCAGACACAACUGUGGAUAACGAUAGGUUAGAAUAAAAUUCCACCAGAAAUUUAUAUUGGCAGCAAACAGAGUUACAACAACCAUGAUAAUAGUAAACCUGUAGAGGAAUUUACUUUGUCCAAGGAAAUCCCAACCUUUUAGAUUAUUUGGGUAGGUCUCUCUUCACCUACCGUUCCUGAAUGUCAAAGCAGGUUUUGUAGGAUUGUUUGUGUUCGUUAACUUAUUGUACGGCGUCACAGACUAUGUUGGCACUAUAUACAUACUUGUAAUUGAAUCGUUGGGAGGAAUAUCUCUGAGUGAAAAUUUCACAUACAACCAGUAUGUAAAUACCUUAGCAGGUGUCACCAGUGCUUUAACUGAAACAAGUGUACCAAAUAUCUUAGUGUGUUUAAAGGCGAGAAAGAAAAAAAAAAAAAACACACAGGUGGUCUGAACACUGCCCACAAACAUGCAGUUAGGCUGUACAUAAGUGGUCUGAACACUGCCCACAAACAUGCAGUUAGGCUGUAUAUAGGAGGUCUAAACACUGCCCACAAACAUGCAGUUAGGCUGUAUAUAGGAGGUCUGAACGCUGCCCACAAACAUGCAGUUAGGCUGUACAUAGGAGGUCUGAACGCUGCCCACAAACAUGCAGUUAGGCUGUACAUAGGAGGUCUGAACGCUGCCCACAAACAUGCAGUCAGGCUGUACAUAGGUGUGCCUGAGCUUUGCACACAAAUAGGCGUUUAGGCUGUACAUAGGUUGUCUGAAUAUUGCACACAAACGUGCAGUUAGGCUGGACAUAGAUGGGCCUGAACAUUGCACACCAACAGGUAGUUAAGCAAUUGCACCAAAAAAGCUAACUUUCACAUGCAUUUGCUGGUAGAGGCGAUGAAUCACAACCUGUGUGUAAAUUCCUUUUCUGUUAUUGGAGACACAGAGAAACCCGUGCGUGUAUUCCACAAUGAAGUUGGCUUUGACAGGCAUUGGAGGAAGCCCAGCCUUUCUGCAACACCCAGACCAGCAUGCGCGCAGGGUACAGCCUUAUCCUUUGUAGAUAAGCCAGCCUUGGAAAUAGCCUUGAAUUUUGGUACAAGCUUGCUGAAACAUAAACCAAUAUGUAGUUACCUUAAACGUGCUAUUGCCUUCUAUAUGGAUAACGAGGCUAUAAGAAAUUGGUUGCCUAAUUGCCUCUUUGUUGGACAAAUAGGCAGAACGCACAUAAGCUAAUGUGGAUUGCACCUGGCAGACACGUAUCCAAAUGAACUUAUUUAGGAAAGCAAGAGAGGCUAUUAAAAUAAAAGCUACUGGUCUCACCUUAAUAAGCCUCUGGUGAGAGCACACUGGUAAUUAAUCUGAAACACACCCGGUGGCCAGAUAGUUACUCCUGGGCAGAGCUCUGCUACCUGACCUGUCUCUCUCGAGGACAGGCAAGUACUGGGGGGCCUCAGGGUGGAGUUGCCCUUUAUAAGGCUUAGGGGGGUCGGGACUGAAUUUUAUUAUUUUACUAGCAGAAUAAAUCUGAGCAUGAUAUGUUUACUUUUGUAGUUAUGGUAAGAUGCAAAACACUGUGUGUUUGCAGUAUCCUUCCCUUGCACCGCGUGUUACUAUUUUGGAUGACAUUUUUACGUGUUUUUCUUUCUUUUAUUUUUUUCCUUAUGAAAUACAGGCAAGUGGUACAUAAGCAUUGUUACUAUAAUUGGAGUGAUCUGUUUCUAUAUGCGCCAUGUUAAGUGUAAUUCACAUAAAGCAGAAUCUCCAUAAAUGAUUGAUCUGCCUUUUGCCUGAUUACUGUGUUACAGGUUUCCCUCUGCAGUUAUGGGAGUAGCUGCCUCAGGACACCCAUCUGCUGUUGAAGGGCUGGUGGCUUCCUCGCAUUCCUUAAUCCCUGCUGUCUCCCACACCCCAUCACCUGGACAGACCAGCAAACCCGACCCAGACAGAGAAAUUCCUACUGAUCAGUAGCAACAUGGUGUCACAUUCUGCCUCCCUACCUUUAUUUUUUUUAAUUCAAACACCACUCCCAUAUUUGUGCUUUCCCUCCCCUUUGAUUUUUGGUGUUGGGGGGGAGAGAAGUGGGAAUCUCCAAUUCUUCAGCAGCUUUACCCAAGUGAAGAAUAAAACUAGGCUGCAAACCCUGAGGUGUAUCAUCUCUCCUCACACCGUAAAGGAGAAUGUUCAUAUCAGUGUCUGGAAACCUUUAGAUAUUGCCUUUCAACAGAUCUAUUUUUUAACCAAUUUUUAGUUUUAAGUGAAAUACAAUACGGGUGGGUUAUCCUUCUGUGUGCUGGGGCAGGCUGAUCUCUCUCUUCUGUUUCCGCUAGUGCAAGACAUGCCCAGUUGUCUCAGGGAGCGGAGGCAUCACCAAAUUUUAGCAGUAGUCGAUUUAGCAGUUGGUGUGUCUAGAUUACAAUUUCACUGUUCAAGGGCCAUGGAAUGUUUUGUUUAACAAACCUACAGCAGAUUUACAUGACCAAGACUAGGUUAAUGCAAGAGGAAAAUGUUUGAUUCAACCUUUUUUUUUUUUUUUCCAAACAAAAAUAAGUAAAUAAAGAAUAUCACUGUGCUCAAAGAAUGAACAAAAUGAGAGGAAAGUACUAUAGGGAAUGACCAUUCAUUAAUAAAACAACUAAACCACUCUUGCUGUUAUUUGAAGAGGGCUAGAUGAUAUCUGCAGUCUGUGAUGCAGUGACUUGCUCAGAUUAGGUUUGUUCCAGUCAUGCUUUUUUUCUGAUGUGUAUUUGGGUUCAUAUGGGCUUCUGAAUUGUUGUUGUAUGUGAGACGUAUAUUCCUUUGUCAUAGAAUGGUUUAAGGCUGGUCUUGUAGGCAUUGCAAUGAUUCUUCUGGCUUAUUCUGAUUUUUGGUGCAAUGUAGUACUGGUUUUCAGUCUUCCACUACACUGACAAACCCCACAUUAGAACUUCAUACUACUGGCAUAAAUUAGUUUGGUUUAGUACAGGUCCAUCAAUGAUGUUUGGGAGAGGGGUUUGUAACCAAAAGUGUAGUGUGCAUCAUUUCUACAUCAUUGGUUGUUAACUUUUUUUCAUACUUCGUCUGGGACCCAAAUUGUGUUUGUGACAUGAGAUUUUUGACCCGUUCAUCACUUGGAAACUUUGAUCAGAGACCCAUUUUCAAUUGUAAGAAAAUGUAAUAUUAAAAUACAUUUGGCCAAUAACUUUAAUUAGAUCUUUUUCUGUAUCAAGGAGGUAUCCAUUGAUCUGGUGGCAAGCAACGUGGCUACAGUAAGUUACUUAUUGUUGGCAAUUGUCUGGGGACUAACAAAGAUGAUGUCCCUACCCAAGGUUUAAGAACAGAUUUACUAGAUGGCUGGUUAAUGUGCUUUUUUGUUAAUUAUCAUGAACAUUUCUUUUCAUGAGAACUUGCUAAGAAAUAACUCGUAGCUGAAACGGAGCACCAUGGUUCUUAUUUUAAAUUUCAUGUUCAUAGAUGCAAGGAAACCUCAAACACUUUUUCUAAUGUAAUUGUGGGGGGAAAAUGAUUCUUAAAGGUAUGAUUAGGUUAUCAGCACUACACAUCUUCAUGUGUGGGUUUUGUUUUUUUGUGCCAUUAGACGGCAGGAUUGCAAGUUGACAGGGGAGGAAGAUAGCACACCUGAUGCCUUUUGUGUCAUUAAGGGAACUUACAAACUGGAAAAGGAUUAAGUGUACAAUUGUAUACAUGGGUAUCCAGUCCACGUUUGCAGCAUGCCAAUAAGAAAUAACCAGGAGUCUGUACCUCUGUGAUCAUCUGGUAUACGUCACUUGUGUUAUUCCAUUAAAAACUCCAUUCAAAGUUUUUCUUCUUUUAUAUCCUAUGUAUGAGUGGUGUAUGAUGCAUCAGGUGUGCGCUCUCCCUCUUCUGCCAUAAAGCAUCUUGUUGAAUGAACAAUAAAGUUAUUCAAAGCAGUAAAUUGUGGGUAUGACUCUUUCCCUCUUUUACCACUGCAAUUUGUAGUGCCCAGAACACUUACGGUACUUUGUCUUCCUGGCUUGAUUAGUGUAAAGCACCAACCAGUUAAAAGUGAAUAGCAUGAUGUAAGCCAGAUACUUAACAGAACUGUUAGUGCCACACAGUACAGACUUGUUUUUUUUGUAUUUUUGCAAGUGAAGGAAUUCUGAAUUUUUAUUUUCGUUAAGUUUGCAUUCCUAAUCAUUGAAAUUCUCUUGUCAAUUCUCCCAAGUUUCACAAUUAAGUGUCUAAACUCCAAAGUGAGUAAUAAUAAUAAAAAGUUAUAAAACAUACACCACAGUACUGUACAGUGAUAAAUCAAUUUCCAACACAUUGUGGCAUGCAGAUGACUAUGGGACUUCUCAAACAACAUUACUGUCUAAUAAGUAGACAACUGAAAAACUUUGUAAAUUUUUUUUUCUUUUUAAAUGUAAGGGAGUAGUAGCACUUAGGGUUGUGUUUUACACAUCUGUAGGUAAUUGACUAUCACUGUUUUAUGUAUACAAUACCAUUCAGUUACAGAUUUUAAUUUGUUAUACAUACAUAUAUAUAUUAAUUUGGUGUUUGUUCUAACAACAUUUGUUAGAACUGAAGCACAUUUUAUUUCCAUUUUAUUAAUCCAAGCAUUAGCAUCUAUGGUAAUUUAUAUUAUACAAAUCCUUUUUAUGCUAGGGUACUGUUAUAUAGUUAAAAAGCAACAGAGAAUUUCCUAUUUGGCUUCUGUUAACAUGAUUAUCUUCCUCUAGUUUUAUAUAGGGAUUGUUUUCACCUCUCCAUUUACUGAUAAACUCUAGUGCCGUUUUUUUUUUUGUGUGUGUUUUGUGGUGCACAUGAAAUACGCUCUUUUUAUAUGUUUCACCAUUGUAUCGUAGCAUUUUGUAUUUUACCUACUACCCAUUAUCAUUUAUGAAUGGCAUUUUUGUGUUGGAGUCAGUUGGCCAUUUGCAGAUAAUGUGAGACUAUCGUAUAAAGGUCUCUAGUAUCAAAUUGUUUCCAUGAUAGGUCUGCGGUGUAACACCUACCUAUUUGCACCCUGGUAUUUUUUUGCUUUUUAGAGCUACAACUGUCCAAGUGGACUUAUUUAUGUUUUGAAGUUUUUAUUUAUAAAGCACUCGAGCAAUUGUCAUGCACACUAAACUAAUGAUCCUUUAUGAUUAGACUUCAACACUAUUAAUUUGAGCAUAGCAAGGGCAUCUAUUACUCACUGGCCCAUCUUUGAGACCAUGAUUAAAAAGAACUGAGAGUUUAAACCAGGGGUGCCCAAAAUGUAGAUCCUCCGAUGUUUUAAAACUACAGCUUCCAUGAUGAUUUAUUAUGAAGGCAUGCAAUGCAUCAUUGGGGUUUGUUCUAAAACAUCUGGGGAUCUACCUUUUGAGCAACCCUGGUUUAAACGAUAACUAUAAGAACAUUAUUUAAAGGUAGCAUUGAGGCAGUUCUUAAAAGUAAUGAAACCUCAGCUUGUAAUGUAUAGGGCACAUAGCGUCUUAGCUCAGUUCUUUCCCUUUUUAGUAUUUUUCUAUCGUUCCCUUUUAGAAGGUAACAUAAUAUGGUAUAUUGUCUAUAAAUUAUGCAGCUGCUUUGACAUGCUUUCUUUUUGUUAUGCUUUUCAGCAUAUUCAUGUGGAUUCAGUUUUGACUAGUCGAAGAGGUAAUCCUUUAUACAAAGAUACAUUCACGUCAGUUGUGACAGGAUUACUUAUUAGACCAUAAACAAAAUGCUAAUUUAGGCUAUAAUAGCUGAAUUCAAAGAUUUCUCCAAAUCACUUUUGUUUACAACUUUUGGCCUAAAAUGGUAAAUUCAUUGGUAAAUUCAUUCUGAUAUUAAUAUAUAUAUAUUUUUUCUAAUUAUUAGAAUUAUUUUUCUCUCCCCAAAAGCCAUUGUUUAUAAGUAGUUUUACCUGUACCUGCUUCAGUCAUAUUGGCAAUAUCCUCUUCUGCAGAUGGUAAUAGCUUAUAUUUGCAGACAGAAGUUUUUACCCCUUAACUCUGUUAUCUGUUUUAUACAUAAAACAUUGUUUCGCAAACUAUGAAAUGUAGUACAUCUGUUUCUUGUAUAUCAAAUAUCAAGGCGACUUGUGAUUUUUGUCCAGAUAAAUGUUUUUGGUUUUUGUGAGUUUUUUUUUCAUGUGUCUAGGAGAAAGUUGCGAUUUAGUGAUAAUUCCUGAAGUUUAAUUAUGAAAUUUAUUUUGUCUUUUGAGAGAUAAGUGUCCUUUUAGGAGAGACACCGUUUUGAUUUACAGUCACUCCAGAGCUGAACAGGUUAGCACAGUUUGGUCGUGCGGAUGUGAUCACUACUAACUGGGAUGGUCUGAUGUCUAGGAAGCAAAACACCAAAGUCUUAAUGAUUUUACAGUGGACAGCAACCCAGCACACAGAAUUAAAUCUCCACGUCCUGUGAAAUGACAUGUAUUUUAUCCGCUCUCCUUUAAAAGGAGCCUUAUUUUAUACUGUUUAAAUGAAAUUUAAAAAAAAAAUAAAAAAAGCUUCAUAAUCCAGCUCAAUGCAAACUUUUCUGCGACUCAGUAUGAUAUGCAUAUAGCAGGUUUAAUUUUUUUCUUCUAUUUUAUUCUUCUCAAGAACCAUUUCUGCAGGUUACUGGGGUUCAAAAACGGUAUUUUGCAAAUGAACUUGCAAAUCAAUGUGUAGUGGGAGUAGAGGGGAGACCACUUGUGAGCUAAAAUAGUCUGUAACGACUGUCGUUACAUUAAAUAUCUGGCGGGUAUCUUUACUUGUUUCUGGGGGGGGGGGAAUCCUGUUUUUAUAUUAAAGUUUCCUGUUUAUAUGGGAUUCCGUUACCUAACAAAUAUCUGCAUUAUUAUCCUUUCUCCACCUCCUCCAUAUUGCAUUGAAUGCCCAAAAGGGUUCCUUAUUCUUGAUGCAGGGACUCGUAAUGGUUGGGGUCCUGUCUGGUGUGUAUUACUGUCAUUGGUGGUGUCCCCCAAUCUGCAUGGAGAGGAUAUUAGAGCAUAUAUUUCCCUGUACAUUGGCCCCAAAUCUGCAAUGGGUGAUCUUGUAUUAACCCUGCAUGGAUUGAGCUGAGAUGUGACCCUGUGUCCUAAAGGUGCAGUGUUGUGUGGUCAAUCUAGUGUUGGUUUGUUACAGGUUAUAUGCACAGCUGACCAGCUUUUUAUAAAUUACUCGGAGUGUCAGAAAUAUAUUUUUGUAGACAAUGAACAUUAUGCCUUUCUCAGCUGGAUAGCUAAAACUGUGAAACAUUGAAAAGCUGUCUCUUAACAAGUGUUCUGUUUUUCUUUUUUGUUGUGUUUAUUUUUAAUUUUUUUUUUGUCUGACUGCAAAUACUUUAAUUUUUUUUCACUUGUAGUACUUAGAAAAUGAUUUGUUAGAAGAUAGUUUUCUGUCUCCUAAUCAUUUCUCUAUAAUAUUUUAAUAAAGUUGUACAAC